AUGUCAGUCGUUGAUCGACAGGGACAACGACUCUCCGCAGAAAAUGCCCGUUUCACUGCUGAUUUGUUUCCGGGAUUUCUAAGCGCUUUGAAGGCAUGCCAGAUUAGCUGGAGUAGCACUAAUAUACAAGGGCUAUUAUUCGGAUCGAAUAACAAUCUGUCAAACUCUUGUUCAACUACUGACUUUUCAAAUAUGAAGUUCAGUCCAAAUAUUCCUGUUCUCUAUCGUCCCUUGCGGGUUUCUGAAGACACCACUUUAUUGGAUAUCAGUACAUCAUUUUAUCGCACAUCAGUGUAUGCAGCUGGGACAAACUAUUUCUCACUUCACCAACAGGCUUCACGUAAAAGGAGGAAGAAGUCAUCUCGCAUUUCCGGACGUCGCGGACAUCAGUUUGAAUUUCAUGAUGAGCGAUCUCUAAUCCGUGCUGUACGCGCUGCUGCUUGUGCUGCGCGCGAAGUGACCUUGGGUGAAGAAGUCGAAGACGACAGCGCCGAAUCGGGACAGGAAAGCGAGGCUGGUCCAUCGGUACCGAGAAAUAACAGUCGGGCAAACAGUUCGACAAAUCGUAAUGAAUCCGUUUCUACGUUCAGCAAUAUAAACUAUCCAAAGAGUGAUGUUGAUGAACUGUUUGCUAUUGCACAUGUACAGCAGUCAAACUGGGACAUCAAGUUCGCGAGAUGUGAAGCUCUAAUGUCACAUGGGUAUGCACAUCAGGCAUGUGUAAUGGCAGUGGAACUUGCGGAAGAAAUGCUGCGCCGUCCCCCAAAUCUACUUCAUCACUCAGCGGAACAACGAUAUUACCCAGAUUUAUCUGCAAUACAACGGCAUAGAAGAAGGCGGUUUUCUCAUUCAGGUUCUGCUACUCCAAUCUUAGAAGCCCCACUAUUUGAACUUGACGAGCAACUUAUCGAAAAAUCGCAAUUAGCAGAGAAUAUAUAUACAAGAACACUCUUUCUGGUGCAAACGUUAAUGAAGGAACCAAAAACACAUCGAUUGGCCUUUACACUUGCGAUAUCUGUACUUGAAUUACCUCGUAGUCCUGCUGCGAACAAAUUUUUGGAAGUUAAACUUUACUACUUGGAAACAGAGCUGGUUAGCUUGUUGCGAAGAAUAGAAAUCGGUGCUCCGGAAUUGCAAAUAAUCAGAGAUCGUGCGAGGAAGUUCGUGGAAAAUGCCCUUCUCUUAGCCUCUGCACCUCAGCCUUACGUUUUACCUAUUUCGUUGGGCCAUUAUAUUUUGGACUCCUUGUCAUUUUCUCAUAAUACUUGCCAAGGGCGCCGCACCACAAGCGGUAUUGUGACGAAAAACGGUGUACAACGACGCCCUUGCGAUGAAGAACUAGCUAUAAAAGUCGCUUUAGAAGCACUGGGUAUGAAAUUGGUAGUUUCUGAAGCAGAUUACUCUAUGCUUUGUGAAAGUACACGACUGCAGCGUGGUGACCUGGCACUGACAAUGCUACUAAGGUACAAAGACAGUAAUGAUAAACUCGCUUUAGUACUGGACAAGUUGCUGGACCCAACUAUGCAUCGCAUGUACAGAGAUCAUCAUUCCAAUGCUGCAUUUUUCUUAGAGCAAGAUCCAUCGUACAAAAAAUAUUUCAACGGUCAACGACCGCAUUUUCCUUUCAAGGAUGAAUUUCAUCUUACCGAAUGCAGCGAAAUUUCAAAUGGUCUCGCCGGUACUGAAACAAGUAUUAUGACUGCUGAAAAUAUGCACGAAAGAAGGAUGAUACACGUUGCAACAAAUGGCAAAGAUGAAACUGAACAGCUUAUUGGUAGUUUCAUGCGUUUAUCGCAUGAUUCACCAGAUGACUCAUCAUCAGUGACAUCUGCGAAUAGACGACGGUCAUCGGAUGAGAGUAACGAUAGUCCAUAUGACGAAAGCAGCAGCUCAGGGGUUUCACGAUGUUUUCCGCGGGAUACUUUGCACGAAAGUCGUUCAGCGUCCAUGGGUACAUCGGACUCACCUUCAUCAACCCAUCGUCUUUCAAAUAUUCUAACUGCGGAUAGCACAAGUGAAUUUCCUUCAUCGUCUGCAGGUCACCCAGUAGAGUUGAAUAAUGUAUUUUAUCGACAUAACAGACGGAAACCUAUUCCUAGUUUGCCGAAUCAAGCUUCUGAAGGACAGGCACACUGCAUGAUGGAACUUGCAAAACGUCUUCUUCUUGAAGCUGGCGGUAGCCAGAGUACCGUUAUUUUUAAUGCAUCACAAGGCAGUCAAAACAAUCCACAGCGCAGUGGUCCUCACCGACAGUUGCAUAUUUGUUCAUUCCUGAUUGGACUCUAUGCUCUGGGCUUAAACAACUUAUUGUCAGCAAGUUGGCAAACUCGAACAUACAGUACUAAUGUUAGUUGGAUACAUGGUCAAGCGAUUGAAAUUGGUUGUGCUGCUAUCAAAAUUGUUGAACGAGUCUGGGAGGCACAUUUAACACCUACGGAGGUCGCUGCAUUGGCCGACAAGGCUAGUCAGAGCCGCGACCCAUGCAUGGUUGAAGCUGCCGCAAAACUUGCAUUGAGCGUAUUACCGAAGGCAUACGCUUUAACAGCUGCAGAAAGUCAAAAAGCGUUGCAUCAGUGCAAGGAGCAAAGCGCUGAUAUGCUUGAAAAAGCAUGUCGCGCUGUUGAACAGGCAGCCGAAAAGGAUGGUGUAUAUCCAGAAGUGUUGUUCAAAGUUGCUAGACAUUGGUUCGAUUUGUUUGUGGAUUCUGAAUCUGUUAGUAGCCCACAGACAAGUUUUCAGAAUGCAAUUCCACCGCAACAUCCAACUGGGAUUCCUCAGUUACACAGCGACGUUUUGCAGACACAGGCCCAUGAGACCGUUUAUUCUACGACAAAUCCACAAGCGUUACAACUACCUGUUCAGUGCAGACCUAUGCCUUAUGCAGCGGCUUCGUAUCAUUUCAUGCCACCCCACCAUCACCUUCAUCAGGCAGGACCACAUCGCCCUCCGCUCUAUGUAUCUCCGGUAUCAUGUACUCAACAGCAAGUUGGAAUUCACUAUUCUCAACGAGGACCAUUACCAGUUGGUGCGAUGUCGAUGGUGCCGAGGCAACAGUCAAAUACUAUUUAUCCUCCGCCUGUGGUUGGUGCUACACCAUCGCGAGCCCUACACAUUAGUCAUUCGGCUCCAAAUUUAAGCCCGAUACAAGCUGUUCAGAUCUCCAGACGUAAUCAGCCUUUGACUGUUUUACAACAACCACUUUGUCUUGGUGCAGGAGCGACCCGCUGUCAAUUUCCUACUGUAGGGGAACAAUGCAUUCAACCCAUCCCAAUAAAUGAUGCUCUGCGACAUCAUCUACCUCCUCCUACAUCUCUUGUACUUUGUCAGUCGACCUCGCAACCAGUCACAUAUUUUGGACAGGCAACUCCUCAGCCUCCAAUGAAUGUCCCGCUGCCGUCGCAAAGUGCAUCUGUUGUUGGUGAUCCUCGUAUGGCGAAGCUUGUUCAUGCUCAUCGUGUCGGAAUGAUUGCUAUGGAAACAAUGGGAAAUCGAAACUUGGAUGAUAAUCGUAGCUACGCGAAAUUUUCUCAGAACCCUGCUUAUGCGGAAGACGUUCGUUGGUUAUUCACAGUGGCAACACGAUUAGGCGGCGUUUUCACCCAAAGUUUUUGUGAAGUAGCAGCUCGAUCUGUUGCUUCGCCAUUCGUUCUUUUUUCAUUAGCUGUUGAAUCAGCAAAGGUCUUUCACUGGCAGAUGCCCUCGAUUAACUACCAUUCGCAGUCUGUAAUUCUUCCGAUCCGGUCUCAGUUAACUGCUGGCGCUCCAAAUGUGCGAACUGUGCUUCUGCAGAAUGGAUUUGCACCACCCACAGCCGAUUUGAUGCAGCACUGCGUUGAGAUGUUUUACGCUGCAUCCAGCUCUAAGCUUAGCCAUCCUCGUUUUGUCCCCUCAGAUGUUGAAGAGGUCGUUCAACUCGUUAAAACUGCAAAGGAAGCUUUCCAUUGGAUACCAGGACCGGGAAAAUUAAUGUUUGACGAUUUCAUGCGGCAUGUUCGGAAGCAAAAAGCUUGUAAAAAGGAUGUUGCUCAAAGAAUCAAUGCUUGUGUUCAAAAUACAAACUGACGAUUUAAAAAUCAUAAAUUAGUAUACCUCCUUCACACUACCUGAUGUUUAUUUUAUCAAUUAAAGUUAAUGAUGACCGGAGAGAAUGGUCGUGAACUCACAGCUAAUGUUUAUUGACGACAUGUAAGUACCACCAGUACAGUUUUCUAUAGUUGUUUUCGCCAGUCACUCAGCUGUCGUAAACAGUGGGCAGUUAGUUCAUUUUACGUAUGUAUGGUUACGUGGUUGUAAAUCAUAUCCUUAAAUUCGUGUCGUCAUUUCUACCCAAAAUAAUUUUAUAUCCUUAUGUUGUAACGCAUGGACAAGAUAGAGAAGCUAUCUGGCUUUAUGUCACCAUUGACGUGAUUGUGGCUUAAAUUGGUUGACAGGAACAGUUCACUUUUAUCCUGUACGGAUUUGCUUGUGAAAGGAUGAAAUUAGAGUGGUGGUCCAUUUGUUAUAGCAUAUGCAUAGAUAUAAAAACAGUGAUGUGAACAGUGCUAAAUUCAGCAUUUUCUUCAAAGGUUAAAGAUUGUUUCAACAUUUCAUUCAAUUUUUCAUGCAGAAGAUCGCGGUGGAAAGUAAUUGAGUUCCUAUCAUGGUAUUUUGUUGAAGUUUUUUCAUUAUGUGUUUUGUUGAUAUUUUUUAAAAUAACUGGAAAGUGUGUAUCACACGGUAAUUCUUGAAAUGCUUAUGUAAUUGUUAAAGGCAGAACUGGCAUAUUCCAAAUGAGUCUGUAAUGAAGCAUUUUCCAGCGAUACUUCCAGUUGAUAGAUGGUAUUAACCAACGAUUCAACUAGCAGAUACAUAUAUGAUUUGGCGACAUCUUUGAAUAAGGCUUGAUUAAGACUAUAUAUGUUUCAUAGUUCGAGAUGGCAGUAGUCUUGUGUUUACUGCGGUUCAUGCGAACACCAUUACGUUUCACUCUGGAUUGUUAAUGGUGCUAAAUGAAGAGUGAGAUGCCC